AUGGCAUCCUCGGCGGCCAACGUAGCGCCAAUCGAGAGCAACGGCUCGAAGAGACGGAUGUGCGACGGCGGACGCCAAAAAUCCUACCGGUUCAAGAAGCAGAAAACGAGCAAGCCUACCAAAGACGGAUCGAACGAGGAAGUUCUGAUAGAGGAUGUCAGAGUGCUCCUGCAAAAGCAAUCCCUGGAGGACACGCCGGCCAAGGAUUACACGAAUGGAGAAACAGAAGGAUCUUCUACAGCAACAGGAGCACUGCCAGAGCCUUUCUCGGAGAUUGAUCUUACAGUAUCAGAGCUCUCCUCUACAGGCGACGGCCUAGCCAUAGCACCAGACACGAGCAGGGUAUACGUUGUGCCAUUUACCGCACCCGGAGACACAGUAACCGCAAAAGUCAUAAAGCACUUCCACGACCACCCCUAUACUCUCACCGACUUCGUCAAAGUGCAGCAACCCUCACCCCACCGAGAUGAUACCCUGGUCCAAUGUCCCUACUUCGCCAAGUGCUCCGGUUGCCAAUUCCAGAUGCUCCCCUACUCCUACCAACUAGAACACAAAAAGACCAUCGUCGAGAAAGCUUACAAGAACUUCUCCAACCUUCCCCCAGAGCUCAUACCGCCCGUCGAGGACACCAUCGGUUCACCCUUGCAGUAUGGCUACCGCACGAAACUGACACCGCACUUUGAUGGGCCGCCUGGUAAAAGAAGCGACAAGCGGAAGGGUAUACACCAAGCCUUUACAGAAGUCCCGCCAAUCGGCUUCAUGCAGAAGGGUACCCGCAGGACCAUCGACAUCGAGGACUGCCCUAUUGGUACCGACGCCGUACGCAUGGGCAUGAAGUGGGAGCGCAAGCGGGUGGCAGCUGAGCUAUCCACCUACAAGCGCGGAGCGACGCUCCUGCUCCGUGAGAGCACCAAGCGCGUUCCCAAGCCCCUGCAAGAUGCGACUACCAAUUCUGCUGCAGACGAGAGCGUAGCUGCAAAAGACGAUGUAAUCCUCGAAGACCGCGGCGACUACGUUGACGAGAAGACAUGCGUGACCAACUCAAACGCCACAACAACCGAAUACAUCGACAACUUCGUCUUCGAAAACCCCGCCGGCUCCUUCUUCCAGAACAACAACUCCAUCCUGCCGACCUUCACACAGUACAUCCGAGAGCGCAUUCUCCCUCCUGCUUCCACCGCCACCACCCACCCCAAAAUCACAAACCUAAUAGACGCCUACUCCGGCUCAGGCCUCUUCACCAUAACCCUCUCCUCCCUCUUCGUACGCAGUCUCGGCAUCGACAUCUCGGGCCCCUCCAUCGCCUCCGCAACCACAAACGCAGCUCUCAACAACCUUCCCCGAGACCGGACCACUUUCCUAGCCGCGGAUGCCGCGAACCUCUUCGCCUCCAUCGACUUCCCCGGGGCCGAGACCGUGGUCGUCAUCGAUCCGCCGCGCAAGGGCUGCGAUGAGAGUUUCCUGCGGCAGCUCAUCAGGUUCAGUCCCGCUAGGGUGGUUUAUGUGAGCUGUAAUGUGCACACACAGGCUAGGGAUGUGGGAGUGUUGGUGGGCGGGAUGGAGGGCGUGGAUGGGGGGACGGGGCCGGGGAGGGGAGUUUAUGAGAUUGAGAGUUUGAGGGGGUUUGACUUUUUCCCGCAGACGGGGCAUGUGGAGGGGGUGGCGGUUUUGAGGAAGAAGGCUGAGGCUGGCGGAGAGUGA